GCUACUCAUCCUCACCUGAUUAUUACUAACAAUCUAUUUUUUCUUUAUAUCUCAAUUUCUCUCUCACUUUCUGCAAUUAUUUUUUGUUUCUGAUUUCUUGGAUCCAUCUAUUUAUGUCUUUCAGUUUCUUUUAAUCUGCUUUUUUAAGUACCGGUGGUUAGUUCAUUUGUUAGUAAUUUUAUUUUAUUUUGUGAAUCGGAGCGAGAAAGAGGUGAAUCUCAGUGAAUUGUGGCAGCAAACAAAUUUAUAACUGUUUGAGAAGUUUGUUUUACUGUAUUGUGAAUAUCUCAGGUGGAUCGUGUAGACUAGGUGUUUGAUAAAAGUCCCCAAAGAGAGAAAAUCACAAGGGGGAAUGGGAAUUUGUUACUCUUCAAGUAAAAGCAAGAGUGGUGAUGAUGGGUUAUGGGAUGGUAAAAAUGAAAGUAAUUCCAAGUUGAAAAAGAAUAGUUACAGUGGUGAUUUCAGUACAUUUUUUAGCAAGUUAAGUGGUGGAGGAGGUGAAGAACAAGGACUGCAUAAUAUUCCUGGAAGGCGUUUUGGGAAUGGUGCCACGUCACUUGCUUGCUUAUAUACUCAGCAAGGGAAAAAAGGAACUAAUCAAGAUGCCAUGAUCGUUUGGGAGAAUUUUUGUUCGCGGAGCGAUACAAUCUUCUGUGGAGUAUUUGAUGGACACGGUCCCUAUGGACAUAUGGUGGCAAGGAAAGUUCGAGAUACUCUACCACUUCUGUUGCGCUCAGAGUGGGAAGUUAAAUCAAGUGGUGAUCAAAGUAAUACUUCUGAGAAUGGAAAUACUAAUGGAGGUUCACAUCUUGAUGAUGUCUUGGAUGAUGAUUUGAUUGAAGCUAUGGAAGCUGAGAGCAACGAAAAGUUCCCAGAAAUACAUCUCCCCCUUAAAAGGUCGAUGUUAAAAGCUUUCCGGUCGAUGGAUAAAGAACUCAAGUUGCACCCAACUAUUGAUUGUUUCUGUAGUGGGUCAACUGCUGUUUCCUUGGUGAUGCAGGGCCAGGAUAUAAUAAUUGGUAAUGUUGGUGACUCAAGAGCAGUAUUGGCAACUAGAGAUAAAGACAACUCUUUAGUGCCUCUACAGUUGACAGUAGAUUUGAAGCCUAAUCUUCCAAGAGAAGCUGCUCGAAUACACAAAUACAAAGGCAGGGUGUUUGCAUUGCAAGAUGAGCCAGAGGUUGCACGCGUAUGGUUGCCAAAUAGUGACUCUCCUGGCUUGGCAAUGGCCAGGGCAUUUGGUGAUUUUUGUCUGAAGGAUUUUGGUUUAAUUUCUGUCCCUGAUGUGUAUUACCACCGCAUUACAGAUAGGGACCAGUUUGUUGUUCUAGCUACUGAUGGGAUUUGGGAUGUCCUUUCUAAUAAGGAAGCUGUGGAUAUUGUGGCCUCAGCCCCAAGUCGCGCUACAGCUGCCCGAGCUCUUGUUGACUGCGCGACAAGAGCUUGGAGGCUGAAAUACCCCACAUCAAAGACUGAUGACUGUGCUGUUGUAUGCCUUUUCCUGGACCGUGUACCUGCACCUGAUGCUGUAGUGACAGCAUCUCAGCACGAUUUGACAAAGGCCCCUCAAGUGGAAAUGAAGACAAUUAUUACAAAUGGCAAACUCGAAAGUGCAGAUAUCAAUACUGUUUCAGCUUCUCAUAUCGCUGUUCUUGAACCUUCAGGUGCUACAAGAGAUGCCAGUGAGAUAGUUCCUGUUGAUGAGUCGAUUGAACAACAGCUUGCUGAUAAGGGUCUUGGACAUUCUCAGCGAAGCCUAGCCGAGUGCCUUUCUACUGCACAAGAUGAGGAAUGGUCAGCCCUUGAGGGAGUUACCAGGGUUAAUAGCCUUCUUAGUAUUCCUAGAUUCUUGUCUGGUGAGAAAAGGUCAGCCAGUCGGAGAAAGUGGUUGUAAGGCAUCAAGGCAUGAUACCUCGAGGCUAAUGUAAUUGAUUUGUAUUAGUGUCUCCUGCAUAUAUGAUGCUGUUCUUCUCAAAGAUUCUGUAAAUCAAAACCUGAUAGGAGUAGCAUUAUAGCUUGCAGCUAAAUAGCCUAAUAGCCUAAAGAAUUGCCCAGAAUGUAAAACAGCUUAUGUGCUUGAUGACUAUCCCAAUUGGCAAUGCUUUUUUGGUAGGAUAUUUAUAUUUGAUGAUCACAUCUGAGUAUGACACAUUUUUGUGCUGUAUAAUGUUUUGCUUUUGUGUUCAAGAUGGGUUCUCUGGCGCC